CUUAUCAACAUUGGAUUUUCUAUUUCCUUUUUAUAGUAUAAAUAAUGUUCAAUAAUAGAAUCUCGUUUUAAUUCUUAGAAGCAUUAAUUUGGUUAUUAUAGUAACAUUACGGGACAUUAUUAGUGCAAAAUGUCGGAAUCCUGCAAGGAUAAAGAAAAUCCGCUAGACAUCGACGGAAGUAACUUUAACUCCGAAAUGUACUUAGAAUGCCUUUUAAAAUGCGCUUCUCUUCGACAAGUUAUGGACAAGGAAGCUGAAGUUGUUACCCAAAGCCAAUUCCUGCAAUCUGAAAUGCAAACUUUAGUAUAUGAGAAUUACAACAAGUUCAUAUCGGCCACGGAGACCGUGCGUAAAAUGCGUUCUGAUUUCCAAAUAAUGCAGGAGGAAAUGAAUAAGCUAAGCGAAAAUAUAAAUAAUAUCACUCAAUUUAGCGCUAAGAUAUCCGAUAAUUUAAAAGAAAGUGGUAAUAACGUCAAUAGAUUAUGCAGCACACGUCAGUUACUGGACAAAUUGCAAUUUGUAUUCCUGUUGCCGACGCAACUAAACAAAGCCAUACAAGAAAAUAGAUACGUCGAUGCAGUCCAUGAUUACACGCACGCUCAACGAGUUCUUCAAAAGUAUGGUGAUCAACCAUCCUUUCAAAGCAUCCAAACCGAAUGUUCUGAUAUUAUUUGCGACCUGAAAAAAACACUCAGAGAAAGGCUCCUAACCCCAGACACAUCAGCCUCAGAGUUAGCUGAAAGUGUGGGCUUGUUGAGACAGCUACAGGAAACUGACUCCUCAUUAAAAGAUAUAUUUUUGAAGUGUGCAGAAAAUAGACUCGAACAACACUUAAAAAAUUUAAAUGCUAUUGUAGAAAAUGUUGACUUGCUUGAAUGGGUGGAAAAAUGUAAUAAUACACUGUUGGCUGACUUAGCUAUAGUGAUUUCAUGUUACCAUGAUAUUUUCCAAGACAGUGACAAUGCAUACCUUCCAGAAUUUGCCGAUAAGGUUACUACACAAGUAUUUAAUCUCUUCCAAGAAGUUGUCAAAAAACCUGAGAACAUAGGGACUGAGAUAUUAAUCAGAGGCUUGGACAAGUUUUUCAGGAAACUGCAAGCAAUGUCUGAAAUUAUAUCCAGCGAUUCAGUUUUUAAUAAAGCUCAAGAUGUUGUUAUACAAUGUAUUAAUCAUAAGGCCACAAUGCAAUACCAAGUUAUACAAACACAGUUUAAAGAAAAUCUUAUGAGAGUAAGACAAUCUCUUGCCAGCAAGGGGACUGAAGCAGCUGACCUCAAAGAAAUUUUAAACUCACUACAAAUACAUUUAAUGCAAAAGGUUCAAGCUUCUCUUCUAGAUUUAAUAGCUUUCUUACAAAAUAAACUCUCUUUUGGCUUAAAACCAUGGUGUGGUAGAGCAGUUGCUGAUGCAUGUUGGACAGUCAUUUCUGAAACACUAAUAAACCUUUCAGACAUGGUGAAAAAUAUGGCUUCCAUGCAAACCUCAAACAAUAUACCCUUUGAACUACUCUUGAUACUUGCAAAGCUAUGUCUAGAGAUCCAAGAGAAUGGAGUGACAACAUUGCAUUCACAUCUUCUUAAACUUCUGGAGGAAUCUGCUCCAGGGUUGACUGUGAAGGAUAGAGACACUAACACUGUCAUGGUCAACUUAUCUACUGCAGCCCAAACUGCUUUAGACUCUGAAGUUGUUUUUAUCGGACAGAUGGCAGCACAGAUGUUAAGAGUUUCUGUAUUAGCGAGGGACUGGUUAAGAGCACCUGAACCAAGAGGGCCAAGGGCUGUCUGUCGCAGGGUGGUAGAAACACUUGCAAGUGCAGAUACGGCUGCAUCACAGCUAUUUCCGACAAGUAUUAAACCGUCAAGUGAUUCAAGUCGUAGAACCAUAUGGUCUAGAGCCCCAUCCUCUUUCUCGCCAAUAAAUCGGAUAUUUUCAGAAAGAAUUGAGGUUUUCAGUCCUGCUGGGGCAGACAGAGCUGCUUUAUCAAACGGCGCCUUAAAGGUCGCUCUCAAAGCAUUAGUGGAGUGUGUAAGAUUACGAACAUUCAGUCGCCAUGGAUUGCAACAGCUACAAGUAGAUGUACAUUUUCUUCAGCAAAGGCUGUCAUGUAUGGGUAAUGAUGAAAGAUUGCUUAACGCUUUACUAGAAGAUGCUUUGGCUUCGGCUCAAAUCAGAUGUGUCGAUCCACAACUAAUGGAGCCUAGUAUAGUAGAUAUUAUUUGUGAAAGAGGUUAAUGUGGAAACUGUAUUCUAGUGCCUAAGAGUAUCUAUUUUAAAUGUAAGAGUAUUAAAGAGAUAUACCUAGUAAAAUCUUUUACUGACCAAGCUAGGGAAAGCCUUUAAGUGGAAUGCCUUAAGGUAGACCUCUGAGCAUUGGAAUCUGUAUAUUGUUAUCACCAGCCAUAUUCAUGUUAGCUACAUAUGAAUUUACCUGGUG